AUGCCAUCAUUCGACGAUGAUCCUCCCGAGCCUAUCUGGCUGCCGGUUGGGGGUUCCUCCGGGGGGGGGCGUCACCAGGCAAAAAAAACCCUAGUCCCACAACGAACAUCCCAAAUUGACCUGGCCCAUCUUCAAUCCUCAUUGUCGACAAUACCCGUACGACACGACACGAAGCCGCCCACCAUGUCGACAUCCAAGGUCAAGGCUGGUCAGCUCUGGGGAAAGAGCAAGGAAGAACUUUCCAAGCAGCUCGAGGAGUUGAAGACCGAGCUCUCCCAGCUCCGUGUCCAGAAGAUCGCUGCCGGUGCCUCGUCGAAGACUCAGAGAAUCCACGACGUUCGCAAGUCGAUCGCUCGCGUUCUCACCGUCAUCAACGCCAACCAGCGCGCCCAGCUCCGUCUGUUCUACAAGAACAAGAAGUACACUCCUCUUGACCUCAGACCCCGCCUCACCCGUGCCCUCCGCCGCAGACUCACCAAGCACGAGGCCACCCUCAAGACGGAGAAGCAGCGCAAGAAGGAGAUCCACUUCCCCCAGCGGAAGUACGCCGUCAAGACCAACGUCGUUUCUGGAUCUGAAAUGGAGUUACGGGAAGGUCGUUAUAAAAGAUGA